AAACCAACUUCAAGAAAAAAUAAUUAGUUUCUUCUUUCACAUGGAUUUAGGUCCAAAUAAUUCAUGUGUGAAUAAUAAUAUUGAGAUGGAAACAAAUUAUGAUGAUGUUGAUCAUGCACCUGAAGAAAGUGGAUGGACAACUUAUUUAGAGGAUUUUUCAAUGAAGCAAAGGGAAAAUAACUAUAGUUCAUCAUCUGAUCAUGAUAAUAAUUCUUUUGGUAGCCCUUCUUUGCUUUCUGAUGCUGCUUCACAUGCUGCAUGGAAACAAAAUUCUCAAUCUCCUAUGAGUGGUUCACCAUUUCUUAAGAGGUUGAAUUUGAAGAAACAAAAAAGAAACAACAAAAUUUCUGAUCCUGAUUUGGAAGACACUGCUAGCUCACCUGUAAAUAGUCCAAAGGUAAGUAAUUUUAAGCAGAUGGACAUCAAUUAUAGGACAGAAAAUAGUAGUGGACAAUUCCAAGAAAUGAAGAGAGUUGAGAGAAACAACAAAUCUUUUGAUGGAAAAGACAAUAAUGGGUAUAUAGAAUUGAAGAAGAAGGGACUUUGCUUGGUACCUUGGUCCAUGAUAGUCAACAACCAUGGCUGAUCUCCCUAACAUCCCUCUCUCUUCAUGUAAAAAAACUUCAUCUUUUUUUUUGGGGGGAGGGUGGGGAGUGGGGUGAGGGUGGGGUGGGGGUACUGUAAAAAAUAUAGACAAAAUACAUUGAUAACCCUUAAAAUUAUCAGUGAAUUUUACUUAGAUAUACUCGGAUUACGAUAAGUUUUAAUUGAACACCUGAAUAUGAUAAAAUAAUUUUAUUAGAUAUAUAUUUUCGACUCUAAUUUUAGAAAAUCAAUUUUGUGCGUAUUCUCAAGCAUAUAUUAUACUAAUAAUAAGUUGAUUAUAUAAAAUAUAUUUUACCUUCUUUAAUUAUAUAUAUUAGCCUCAAUAAGGACAUACUUGAGGUUUUAUGACUUAUUGAUGAUAAUAUAUAUAAUCAAGAGAAGUGAUUAACUUAUUUACAUAAUGGGUGCUUGAGAACACACAAUUUAUUUCUCCAAAUUUUGAGUCGGAAAUACUUAAUAGGAAAACUUUAUCAGGUGUUUAGUUGUAACAUAUCAUAGUUCAAAUAUUUAAGAGUAAUUUACUGAUAAAUUUAAGUGACUAUUAUGUAUCCUGUCAAAACUAUAUAGUAUAUGAAUUGUAAAAAUGUACUACAUCAUCAUUGUCACAAAAAGAAAAAAGAGAAAAAAGGAAGAAAAAAUUGUAAAUAGAGCUUCUUUUUCUCUUUACACAAGUAUUAUGUAAAGAAGCAGUAAAUCAUUAUUAAUAGUAAUGUUUUGUAUUAUUUUGGGAAGUCUGCUAAUGGCAGAAAAUCU